CAGCUCUACUAGCGCUAUAGAAGCCACAACAUAAACUCCCAAACAAAUUAAACGUUGCUGAUUGCAUGUGGGUUGUAAAAUAUCGAUGUUGACACGUAGCCAUACCAGGACUGAUGGAAGUGCUUUCCCGAAUGCACUGUAUAAUUAUUCAGUGCGCCACUAUCAAAACGUUUUUGUGAGGAAGGAAAACAGUCAAUUUGACCCUGCCCUGGGAUCCAAUGAGCUUCCUAAACAAGAUCAUGAGCGCACACCGGCAUAUAGCCUCUGUCCCGGUCAGCACUACUGGCAGGCCCAGCGGCACUACAGUGGCAAAAGCGGCAUGGCCCUCUUGUGCUGAAUGAGGCACGGUCUUCCCAUAGUGCUGUUGAUUGAGUGCGGUCAGGAUGGGCCAGCAGAUCUCAGGCCAGGCGGUGAUGACCCAUCUACCUGAGAAGCUGGUGAAACAUGCAGGGCUGGUACGCGACAGCGGCUACCUCAACUACGAUGAGUUCCUGGCCAGGGUGGCAGAGCUCAAUGACGUGACGGCUAAACUAGCAACUGGACAGCAAAAACAUCUGAUCUUUGAAGUCCAGACUGGCUCGGACACCUCUGCUCUGUGGAAAGUGGCUGUGAGGAUAGUUUGUACCAAGAUCAACAAAGAGAAUGGGAUGGUGGAGGCGUCUCGCAUCAUGAACCUGUACCAGUUCAUCCAGCUGUACCAUGACAUCACCAGCCAGGCAGCAGAGGUGCUGUCAGCAGAGGGCGCCAGCCUCGCGUCUGGAACACUCCCGUCAGGGGACUCCUGCCAGGCCAGCAUGUGGAUGGGCAGGGUAAAGCAGUUGACUGAUGAGGAGGAGUGCUGUAUCUGCAUGGAUGGGAAAUCUGACCUCAUUCUGCCCUGUGCGCACAGCUUCUGUCAGAAGUGCAUUGACAAGUGGAGUGGGCAGAGCAGGAAUUGUCCGAUAUGCCGCUUGCAAGUGACCGCUGCCAAUGAGUCGUGGGUGAUGCCUGAUGCCCCUACAGAGGAGGACGUAGCUGGCUAUAUCCUCAACCUGGCUGACGAGGCAGGCCAUCCGCACAGACCUUAAACUACUCAACACUGAGGCACUUUGAUUAACCACUGACAGACAAACUGAUAUCAAGAAUAGUUUGGGGAAGGGUCUGGAGUUUUUUGCCAGGAAAAGCACCUUGCCCUGGUUUUGGGUGUAUGUAGAUAAGAUGGUUUGCUUUAUAGGAAUUUGCCUGCUGUGAUGGUUUAUAUUUCUUUUAUGUUCUUUUUCUUUUUACUUUUCCAUAUUAUUUCAAGAUGACUUUUACAUGAUUGCUCUUAAACUUUGUGUGUGUGUAUGUACAGUACCAGUCAAUAGUUUUAGAACACCUACUCAUUCAAGGGUUUUUCUUAAU